AUGGAAUUUGGAGUAGCCCCCUUAGGAAAUGAUGCAGCGAAGGGAAUCGAAUUCACCCCGGAAUACGUGCACGGGUACUGUGGGGGCAGAAAUAACAUUCUCAAGUUCGCCAAUAGAAAGGUUAUCUACCCUGUUGACAAUUUGGUUGUGGUGUACGAUCUGCUGGACCGAGUGCAGUCCAUCUUUGCGCAACACCUGAAUGAGGUGACCCUGGUCAGGUGCAGAGAAAGAGGCAGAACUGUCCUGAGCGCAGAGGAGAGCAACAGCCAUGUGAGAAUAUACCUAUGGGACAAGCACAACUUUAAAAUUUUAGCCAAAAUAAAGAUAAAGAAGAAACACUUUCUCGAUCUAGAGUUUUUAAACGAUGGGGAAAUUUUCCUUCUGUGCAAGUGGGCUGGUAAGCUAGUCUGUUUGGUUCUGUCCGUGGAGAGCUGCCGCGACAGGGGGGUACGUCUCAGGAGGAGCAGCGUGUGCGUGGUGAAGGCGGCAGAGGGGCGUUACGAAGCGGCGCAACGGAGAAGAAGGCAGAAUGCGGAGGAAGAAGAAGAAAAAGAAGAAGAAAAUGACGACGACGAUGAUGAUGAUGAUGGCAACUGUGUCAACCGUGGCAGCCGUGGGGAUGCCAUCACAAAGCUUGAGAGACAUCUCAUCAGAAGGGCGUCCACGGGGGGGAGCAGUGCUUUCCGGCUGUUCAGGCAAAAGCGCGCAAGAAAUGACGCACACAUAAUUGCCAACCGAAGGGCAAAAGGGGCUACUCCUGAGAAGUCCUACUUUAGGAAGAUAACCAUGACGGGUGCCGCAAACUUCGUGCAGGUGGAAGAGCGCAGAAAAGGGGAACAUCCACAUUAUGACAUAGCGUUUGUAAUCCCAUUUGUGAAGGAGAGAAAAAGGUCCAACAGGGUGCUAACGGAAUUUAGAGUGUCCGUACCGACUGACAAUAACGUGUGCAUAUACAACGGGGAGUACAUGUUGGCUUACGUGAUGAAAAAUGGCGUCCUUUACGAAAGGCUGAGGAGUGAACGUGUUAGCAGUGCCUCCUUUUUAAAUGAUGGCAGUUUUUCCAGAGCAGAGCAGGGUCUCCAUUUUUUUUCUUUCCUUUCGAUGGACCUAUUUGUGAAUGGCUUACGUUUGUGUGACCUCUCAGGGGAAGGGGAAAUAAAAAGAGAUGAAUCGCAUAGGGGGUUCCCAGUAUUGGCAGACGGCUCAGUUGGGGAACGGACAAUCUGGGAGGAGGGAAAUUCACCCAAUGUUGGUCCAUUAACGAACGAGGAGCAGCUUGACAUGAGAAAAUGCGUGACUAAUCAGUUUGACAAUUUUUUCGGGGAUGAAAUUAGUGCCGUCGCGGUUGUCACCUGUUUGUGUGUAAACGAGGACGACGACAUAGAUGUUGUUUUGAAGCUACAGGAGGGAGUCCAACAUGGUGAACGAAACAGUAACUCAGAAGUGAACCCCCUAAAACGGAGAAGCGUGAAGAAGGCCCCCCCACGAAGAAAAAAAAUCCUCGUGGUGGGGUCCAAACGAGGCAUAAUCAUAAUCGUAGAUUUUAGAAGACCCCACAGGGUAGAGCAUUUAAGGAAGAUUACCUCCGACGGGAUUGUCUCAAUUUUUACUCAUCAAAAUUGGCUAGUGGUACUGAGCUCCUCGGGGGUGUUACAUUUUUUGGGGAUGCCCAAUUAUGAGGCAUCUAAAUCGGUUGACAUAUUUUGCUCAGGGGGUGUAGACUCUCCCUCUUUUGGUAGCAGCAGAUUGUCGACCACGAGAGGGACAUCCGAUUGUACGCUUCUGGAGAGGGGAUCCCUAAAUUCAUUUAGAGGAAGUCUCCCUAGUAGCAGGAGUGGCGUCCAAAUGGGAGGAAACAACUCAACACGUAGCUGUACUGAGAAGAAGGGAAAGGAAUCAUCUGUAGGGUUAUGUUCUUCCUCCGUUAAGAAGAGUCCAACCCUGAAUAGCAAGGAGAGUAAAAGGACCAUAUGUGCUUCUUGCCUGCUGGAUAUUUACACCCUCGUGUUGGGAACCACAAAUGAUGAGAUGAUUCUUCACAAUUUUAUUUCCAAUGAGAUGUGCUCAAUUUAUCAAAACAGGCAGAAGAUAAAGUGCUUCACGUUAGACACUGAUAAUUUAUUUUACAAUGUAGAAAGGGGUCUGUACAAAAUGAGUUUAAUUCAGUAUAACUCCCCUGUGAAGGUGUUGACUUUAACGGAGGGACCCAUUUCAUCCUUUGUGUUCCUCUCAAGUGGGGUGUUAAUAUGCGGGACGGCGAGGGGUGGUUUGUGCUUCUUCGCCCUUUCGGACGGAGGGGCCAAAGUGAUUAACAAGGUUCGCCUGAGGGAGUUUGCCGCAGCAGGGGGGAGGGGCGUUAGCAGCGUUAGUGGAGUUAGCAGCGUUAGGGGCGUUCGCAGCACCCAGAACGUUCGCAGCACUCAGAACAUUCCCAACAUUUCCAACAUCCCCAACAUCCCGAACAUGCGGGGUAAAAACUCACUGGUAGGAAGAGAAGAGGAAGAGAAAAAGGGUCCCAAGAAAGAGAACCUAAACGAAGUCAUAUGCUCAAUUGGCAAAGUGGUACCUAAUUGGAGAGUGGCCAAACGAAGGAACGGUGGAGGGAUGAAUGAAGUGACACCUCGGGAGGAACAAAUCAGUUGGCUAGUCCUGAACAACGCAAGGAAUAUCCUGUUGUGCGCAACUGAACGGUGCAUAUAUCUGUUUAGAAUCCACGUAGGGGGAAAUGAAAAGGUCGAUUUGAGGUACCUCAGGUGCCUCCAUUUUGAGUGCACCAUUGUUCAUGUAAAUUUGGUCCCAAAUUACGACAACUUGUUCUACGUCGCAGUGAGGGAGGGUAUUCAUAACACGAGUGGUAGCAACCGCUACAGCUAUCACUUGUGCUCCUUUAGCUGCGCCAAAAGUAGGAGAGUCAAAAUGGUUGACCUGUACAGGAACGUGUUGCUUGAAAGUAUACGCUUUUGUCCUUUUCUGCUUCCACGUGAGGAACGCUUUGGUUUGCUAAAGGAUAAAGUUGUUUGCCUUUUGAAUCCUUACACCUUUGCAGUGUAUUCAUGCCGUGUUAGGAAAAUCCCGAAGCGGGACCAGGCAAAUGCACAAAGAGGGGUGAGCAACCACUUAAGCUGCGUUACCUCCUGGGGAGAAUUAACAAGCGGAGGAAAAAAUCACUCCAAGGAAAGACCUACAGUUUGUCCCUUCAGAAAUGCCCACAUGGAUGUUAGCCUUUUUUGGAAAAGUGGGAAGACGGAUCGUAGAGGUCCAAAUGAGUUGACGAUCCAUCAAGGGGCGCAACGCAAAUUGGGGGAAGCGGUCAAGGGGGGGCCACACAGGAAAGAAGACACCUGUAAAGCGCCGCUUAGCAAUGGCCAGUCCAGCAACACGCCGCUUAGAAAGAACCGCCGCGCUAACCGCAAGCAGGGCGUCGACAAGCUCAAGCCAAGACGUGAAGCAACGCUGAAGGGGUCUCCCAACUUGAGCGCAGAAAACGACCAGGAGAAGGAAAGGCAAGAAGAAUUCAGCGGAAGGAAAAUGAAGGACUACACAAAAUAUAAACUAUUGAGAAAUAUUUUGCAAAAAAGGAAAAGCCUGGAGAGUGAUGGAUUCUUUCUAGGCGCUAAUCGAAAUGUGGCACUCGAUAUGGGGGAGAGGUAUAAAACACAUUUGGGAGUCCCCCCCGGUGAGGGUCAAGAAGGGGAAGAAAAAAAUACUAAUCUAAGGGGAAAUAACGGGUACAUUCAGAUGAACGAGGAGGAGAAGAAGAAGAAGGAAGCGGAGAAGAAGGAUGGGCCAAUUUCCAACCGGUGUAACGGAGACACAGUUGAUCAGAACAAAGUUACAAGGAGACCAACCCUCAGGAGGUGGAGUCCAGAAGACUCUGUAAAAAAAUAUUUAAGGAAGUACUUGGGUGUCGUUUUUGUGCACGAGGGUGAGGAAACGGGAAGGACUUGCAACAACGGGGAGGAAGGCCAGGACGGUGCUUCUCCUGGUGACAAACAGGAGGAGGUAAAUUUCCCCCCAAGCGAAGGAAUCACUGGCAAGGUGAACACGCGAAAAUCACACAUGGGGAGUAGAUACACCCAGGGAGGCACCCCCAUGCAGGGCAUAUCAGUUAAACCGUUGGGGGGGGAUAACGAUGUUGGGAGAACAAAGCUGAAAGGGAAGAAAACGCUUAUUCGUGAAAAAGCUCUUAAUGGAGGAUUCCCGAGGGGCAUUCCUCACAGUGGGGUGAGGUGUAACCAUAGGGGCGACGGCAAAAGGGGAACAAGUAAUUAUACUUCCGCACAGGCAUGUGAUAAGCGUGAAGUGUGCGUAAACAGUGGAGAUGCCCCCAGAGGGGGGAGAGCCCCUAUUGAUGACUACACAGAUGGGAUAAACAAAGACGUUGUUAAGCUGAACAAUCACGCGCAGCGUAUGUUCGAUCGAGAGGAGGGUAACGCACAGUGGAACCCUUGUGUUGUUAAUAAGGGGGAAAAUAGCCCCAACACGUUUUCCACGACGAACCAAAAAAGUGAUCCUAAAAAAAUUUGCCGCAUGACAACACAGAAUGAUAAAAUAAAGCCAGGAAAGGCACGUAAGCACGUGGUGCUACGUCAGAUGGGGAAAGACAUUCAGUCGAGAGAAAAUGGAGAGGUGAAGUACCCUUUUAACAUGUGCAAAAUUCAGGAGAAAGAAAAAGUCGAUGGGAGGAAGACUCUCGUGGAUGACAGGGUCACCUCACGACGGGACUGUACAAAUGUGUAUAUUAAGGCCCCAUUUGCGAUUAAUUCGAUCGAAAUUGUGCCUGAUCAUAGAUGA